AUGCAGACUGGCCUUGUGCCCGCUGGCAUGCAGCCAUACGGCCCUGACGACUACAGCAUGCCGCCAACCGACUUCGGACACGUCAUCGCGCCUCGUGUAGAAGCAACCCACAACUUCAAGAACGCGCCGGCGCUCGAUAUCCUCUUCGUUCCCGGUGGGCUCGGCGUUGUGACCCUAGACCAAAACAACGACACUGGGGUGGCAGACUUUGUCAAGAUGCGCCUCGCUUCGCUCGAGUACCUGGUCGGCGUAAGCUUCGGCGUAGCGACGCUUGCGAGCGCUGGUGUACUCGACGGCAAGAAGGCGACAACGAACAAGUCUGGGUGGGCGUGGAUAACGGAGCGCGGACCGAACGUGACGUGGGUGCCGCAAGCGCGCUGGGUCGAGGACGGUACUAUCUGGACUACGUCGGGAACCGCGUCAAGUAUGUGCAAUCGGAAGGACCGCAUCGCGGAGGCGUCGACGGCGCGAUUACUGACAUGA